AUGGCUGUAAUGAGGUCAGGAACUGUGGCCGAGGCAGAACCCAAACGAGGUGUCAGCAAACAGGUUAUUGCUGAGCAAGUCUGCUUGAUAACUGUUGAUGACAACUUCCGUCUCUUUCUUGAUGAUCGAGAGUUGACUGAUGGGGAGAUGGUCACCAUGGUUUGCCAGCUGCAAGCAUUUUUAAAAUUGAAUUCCAUUGCCUUUCAUUACAGGCUGACUCUGUCACGAGAGAACUGUCAAGAUGAGAAUGAAAAAGCAAUUAUUUGCCCAGAUGGAGCAUCUGAGUGUCCGGAUGGCUCAACAUGUUGCAUACUUCCAAAUCAGCAGUGGGGGUGCUGCCCUUUACAAAAGGCUGUAUGCUGUGAGGAUCGUUUGCACUGCUGCCCUUCUGAAACCACAUGUGACCUGAAGCAGUCCAAGUGUGUGUCUCAGUUUGGCGUGAUGGAAAUGUGGAAGAAGUUUCCAGCUCUCAGGAGAUUUAUAAUGAAGGAUACUAACGAAGUUCGGGUUGUGUGGUGCAAUGGAACAGUGACCUGCCCUAAUGAUUAUACGUGCUGUAGGUUCGCCUCAGGAGAUUUUGGAUGUUGUCCACAACCGAACGCAGUUUGCUGCAAAGAUGGCAUACAUUGUUGUCCUAAUGGCUUCAAAUGUGAUCCUGAAACUGGAAAUUGCUACCAGAGGGGCAUUCCUAUCCCCUGGAGGACUAAGACUCCAGCUAUUGUGCAGGUUACACAGAGGGAUGUCCAGUGUGAUGAAACCAAGAGCUGUCCUGACAAUCAGACCUGCUGCAAGGGCACCUCAGGAGAAUGGGAGUGCUGCCCCAUUCCACAGGCAGUUUGCUGUGAAGAUCAUAUACACUGCUGUCCCAAUGGCUACACAUGUGAUGUUCAGCAAGGAUUGUGUGAGAUGAAGGAUUCUUCCAUUCCCAUGGUCCUAAAGCUUACAAGCAGUGUGGAAAAAGUAAAGGACGAGAUCUGUGAUGAUGGUACAAAAUACCCAUCAGGGAGCAGUUGCUGCAGAAAUAAGGCUGGUGACUGGAACGGUUGCCCUUUACCUCAGGCAGUUUGCUGUGACGAUCAUGUUCAUUGUUGUCCCAAUGGCUACACAUGCGAUGUUCAGGCUGGACUCUGUCGCAAGGGCAAUACGUUGAUUCCCUUAGUCCCAAAGAUCCCAACUGUUGUGAACAGUAGAGUGGUUGAUGUUCAGUGUGAUGACAAAGUUGCAUGUAUGACGGGCACUACCUGCUGUCGAAAUCUCUCAGGAGGUUGGUCCUGCUGCCCCUCUCCACAGGCAGUUUGCUGUGAAGACAAAAUACACUGCUGUCCUAAUGGCUACAGUUGUGAUGUUGAGCAUGGACAGUGCCUGAUGCAUGCUGUAUCUCUCCCUUGGAUCACCAAUGAAGCAGCUAGCGUGAAAUUUCUGGAGAAGACCAAAGCAUUAGGUACCAAGUGUGAUGACACUAUGAGCUGUCCCUCCGGCAAUACCUGCUGUAAACAGCGCUCAGGAGCCUGGGGUUGCUGUCCUCUGACUCUGGCUGUGUGCUGCGAGGAUCAUGAGCACUGCUGUCCGCAUGGCUACACUUGUAAUGUGAAGGCUGGAACCUGUGAAAAGCAAAACCUUUCUGUACCUUGGAAGGUCAAACAUUCGCCCCUCUCUGAUGUAAAAUGUGAUGACACGUUCCGCUGCCAGUCUCCAGCCACGUGCUGUAAGAUUUCUUCAGGGGGCUGGGCUUGCUGUCCAUAUGAACAAGCCACCUGCUGUGAAGAUCAGCUGCACUGUUGCCCAAAAGGCUACAUCUGUAAUGCAAAAGCGUGUACACUGCGGCCUCAGCUGAAGUGGGACCUGUUUUUCCCAAAGAAGAAAAAGGCCUUCAGCAUCCUGUGAUGUGCUUGUGCCUUUAACCUACUUGAGCUGUGUAAUGCACCAAAGCAAAAUGCUACAGUGUGAAAUCUUGGGAAUUGUACGAAAGGAAUUUGAGUUACUUUUGUAUGAUAAGUCCUCUAAGUCAAGUCUAAAGAAAAUUGUCAAAAUAGCAAAGAACAGUUCUGAGGCAGAAAAAUUUGGAUUUUUACAGUCCCUUUAAUAUUUUUCUUUAAAGAUUUUUACUAUAAAAUAGUUUUUGGGAACUGUUUCUGUAAACUGUAUUGUUUCUGUUUUUAUGCGUUACAUGGAUGUUGAAGGUAAAAUUGCACCAGGUUGAAGCCCAGCUGCUUGAUUCUCUUACAGAUUGGUAACUUGGGGGUUAAUUUAGCCAUUUUAUCAUGAAUAAAUGAAACAAGCAGAGAGCCCACCUGAUCAACUUGUAACCUGAUUUGAGAUUGGUUUUAUUCCAACAUGCUUAUUGAAAUCAAUGGCUAUCUAUUAUCGUAAAACAUUCAGAUCAGUCCGUAAUUCUGCUGUGAGCAUUUUAUUCAAUGUGCACUGAGUAUGUUUCUCAGGGUAUUACUCUUAACUGUUUAAUUCAAUAGGAGCAUUUGAAAAUUAUGCACAAGUGCACCCACGAGUUUGGGACAGGAGAGGAAAUAGUUGUUUUUCUCUCUACUUGGUUCCCUGGCUUAUUGGACACUCCCUGCCACAUAGACCUGAUGGGCCCUUGUCUUCCCCACACUCCCAAAACAUUUUCCUUUAUCUGUGGAUGUGGCUGUUGGAUUUGUAUGAUUUGUAUACAUUCAGCUGCCACUAGCUAGAUGUGUCAUCCUAUGGCUCAUACAGUGAUCUGGUCUCUUUCCUGGCACGUCUGAGUAGCACUCCUCUGUACUAAACUCCAAUCUCAAUACAGUAACAUUUUCUUAUCAAAAUAAGGCAACAAAUAAAUUUUAGAACCACCCUUAAAAUGAUACCAUCUUUGAGAUAGCUAACGUUUUAAAAUGUUUUAAGUACUAAUUCAAAAAUUAAUUGAUUUAAGCAAAUUAUUAACAUGCUUAACUAUUUUCUUUGGUGUAUAUUCAAAUGGUAAAAUGACCUCUGACUUUUAAUAGUAACAUUUUUUCUGACUAUAUUUUCAUUAGGAAUUGUAGAUUCUUUCAGAUUCCUAUUUUGAAUUCAAUUGUCGUGCACCUAUUCUUUUGUUGAUUGUACUAGAAUCUUACCUCAGUCCAGUGUUUUUAAAUAUGAGGGAGGCAAAAGAUUUGCCAAUUUUUUUUUAAGGGCAUUGGUUGCUUGCAGAAUUAACAACUGUCAGCUUCGAUGAGGUAGCCAUGGUGAUGAUUAAAAUAGGCAAGCAGUCUGUAAGCUGUCUUUUCAAACUUCUUGCCUUGUUCACUGGAAUGGUUUCUGAUAUUGUGUAGUAUGUUACAUUCACUUGUAAUAGAUUGAUUUGUUUGUAAUUUACUAUUAUCAUGAAUGUACGGAUCUAAAAGUCUAGUCUUGCACAAUCCUGCUUAUUUCUGGGUAAGGUCAUACUUCUGAACCAGUAAUGGAAUAACUAUCUUAUCAUUAAUUUCUCAUUGUUCUUUCUGAACACUUCUAAUGGAGCUUUUGCGAGAAAUAGAGAGGAUUUCUUGAGCAAAUAUUUGAACAGUUUGUAUUCGAGUAUUAUCGAAAAUUGAUUUCCCACUAUGAUAUAAAUUUCUAUGGUAACUCAUGCAUUUAUAUAAUCAACUUAAGAGAUUUGGUUUUGUUUGAAAUCCUUGCAUUAACUGCACAUCUUAUGCACAUCAUCGUUCCAGACUGGAUCACCAAUGAAAACAAUUUGUGUGUUAUCCUUUCAUUGAAACUUUCAAACAUUGCACUUUGAUCAUUUGCUAAUUGAAUGAUUGAAAGGAUGGCACUACACUAUUGCUUUGACAUCACUGGAAAGGGAAUUCUUGCAGCUAAAUGAUGCUUAUACUGUGCAGUUAUCCUUUCUUGAAUGUUUGCUAUAAAUAAAAGAAAUUGAAAUAUU